UAGGAGGCGGCGCGGCAUUCAAAAGAACGCGGCACAGUGGGCCCAAAAGUCGGUCGUUUGAGUGGCUAGGACCUGAGCUAUUGCGUCAUCUUUCACGGUAAAAUGCUGUCUCGCACAGUAUCUAUGAAAUGUGUCCGGGAGUUUUGUCAGGUUACAGGCACGGAUGAAGAAACUGCUCGCUCAUUUCUGUCAGCUUGUAAUGAUGAUUUGGAUUUAGCUGUGAGUCUAUAUAUGGAUGACCCUAGUAGAGUUCCAUCUCACAGUACUACAGAGGAAUAUCGUUCCCCCAUCCCUCAAAGAAAUGAGCAGCUACUGCCUGCAGUUGUGCCACUUCUGCCUACUCAUUUGCAAAACCCAGCUCCACUUCAAAAGCGUCGACGAGCAUUCGUGGCCGAUGAUUCCGAUGACAGUUCAGGCGAUGAUGUUAUCCUGACAAGUGAGCGUUCAUCGAAACCACGAUAUGAGCCUAAUUCAUCAUCAUCAAAUACAGAAGGCGUUAGCUCUGGUUCAUCUUCAGUCGCUCGUUCAUGUGGUCAUGUCAAUGGAGCAAAGGAUGAUACAACACAAAAGAAAAAGAGACACCUACAGCAACUUUAUCAACCUCCUGUUGAAUUAUUGUUCAGUGGAUCGUUAAAUGCUGCUGCAAUAGCUGCUCAAGAGAAACAUCAAUGGUUGCUUGUUAGUGUCCACGAUGAAGGGUGUUUUGAGUGUCAUUUGUUAAACCGUGAUGUUUGGAAGGAUCCAAAAGUCUAUCAGCUGGUCAAAUACCACUGUACAUUCCUCCAACUUGAUUCCACACAGUACAUUUUGGUACAAGUAUCGAAUUUUCAGCAUGUGAUGUCGGUAGCGCGAAUGUAGCAGGCGGAUACGAGGUGUGAGUCGGCAGGAGAUCGAACCCCGGACCAUGUGCAUGGUCGGCGAGAGUCCUAACCGCUAUGCCACCGAAGCAGAACCAAGGAUGCUCAUCUUGCCCUACUUUUCAGGACUCCUCAUCCGAAUGUGCCUGCUUGUCAAUGAGUGGAAGAAAAAAUCCCCACUGAGGUUCCAGAUGACAAGUCCCAAAUAGGACACAAACGCACAUCUUAGAUUCCACUGCUAGACAACAUCAAACAAUCACUUCUGAAGUGUUUUUCAUGGUGAUACGACGACACCCGUCUACAGAGCCUAUAUACCAAAAUGAGGUUGACGUACCGAAUUUUGAUUUAACCACUGGAAAUCAAAAUAUGAAUAAAUAAUUUUGAAAUCAAUCCCAUCGCACAAACGGUGACUCUUAUAGACCAAAAGCCUAAUGGAUAAUGUUUAUGCAUUGGAAACGAUAGGUACUGGGUUCGAGUCUUAAUGGAAAUACUAUCACACCUACUGGGGAGUAUGUACAUUCAACUGACGAAAACAAGUCACAUCCUUCAUCUCACUAAUGACCACCAACAAAACAAGUGACCAACUAACUCCAUACAGAUAAAAAAAGAGGCAGUAAACAAAACGUCAGCAAUAGUAGUAGUAGUAGUAGUAGUGAAAAACUGACAUUAUACUUACUGAAUUAGUGAAGCAUCAUCACUGUUGGCGUUACUUCUUUUUUUCCCUCUAUGACCUUCUUCAUCUUCCAUCUUAAGAUGAUGCUUUAAAAAUUGUCUAGUCCAAUUAGGAAAGGAUGAGAGUAGAUCAAUUAAUAAUUCGUUAUCCAUAUUACAGUUUAAUAACCAAUUAUUG